AUGGCUUGGCGUUUUAAAGCUUCGAAAUAUAAAAAUGCAGCUCCAAUAGUGCCCAAACCAGAAGCAUGUGUAAGGGAUGUAUGUGUUGGUUCUUACCAGACUUAUGGAAACAACAUAUGUGCCUCAGCAUCUUUUAUGGCUUUCAAUUGGGAGCAUGUAGGGUCGAGUAUGGCAGUAUUGCCUUUAGAUGAUUGUGGGAGAAAGAGCAAGACAAUACCUCUGCUUCAUGCUCAUUCAGACACCAUAACUGAUAUGGAUUUUUCGCCCUUCCAUGAUGGAAUACUUUUAACUGGCUCUCAGGAUUCUCUGGUGAAAGUCUGGCACAUACCCCCAGAAGGCCUGAAAGAAUCUAUCUCGACACCUGAAUGUUCACUGUCUCAGAAGCAACGGAGAGUAGAGAAUGUAGGUUUCCACCCUGUCGCUGAUGGACUAAUUCAUGUUGCAUCAGGUCAUGAACUAGCACUGUGGGACUUGACUAAGCAGAAGGAAGCUUUUGUUAACAGAGAUCAUACGGAAGUCAUUCAAUCUACUUCGUGGAAGAAAGACGGCAAAUUGGUCGCCACAUCGUGCAAAGACAAGAAAGUCCGAAUCCUGGAUCCUCGCGUCGAGAGUCCAGUUCUGAGCGUCGCAAACAGUCAUCAGAACAUUAAGGACAGCCGCCUCGUUUGGCUCGGCGAUAGCGAUCGAGUACUAACCACCGGCUUCGACUCGGCUCGUUUACGUCAAAUCAUGAUUCGCGACGUUCGAAAUCUAACGCAAGCGCAGAAGACGUUGGAGCUGGAUUGUUCGACGGGAGUGCUUAUGCCGCUGUUCGAUCCCGACACGAACAUGCUUUUCCUCGCCGGAAAGGGCGACACGACCAUUUUGUACAUGGAGUUGACGGACAAGGAGCCGUACCUAAUCGAAGGCUUGCGGCACUCGGGUGAACAGACGAAAGGGGCGUGCCUGGUGCCGAAGCGCGCGCUGCGCGUCAUGGAGGGCGAGGUGAACCGAGUCAUGCAGCUCACGGGCUCGUGCGUCGUGCCCAUCAUGUAUCAAGUGCCCAGAAAGAGCUACCGGGAAUACCACGCCGACCUCUACCCGGACACCUGCGGCGCCGCCACCUUCCUCAGCGCGCCCAUGUGGCUCGACGGGCUGGACCAUCCCGUGCCCGCCAUAUCCUUGCAUCCGGAAGCCAACAACUGUACGCAGGUACACCGUGGCGAUUUGGAAGAGUUAGUGAAAAAAAUACUAGCGAUGCCGAUCCAAAAGAAAAGUGAUAAAAAAAUAGUAACGCAAACACACGCAGACGCAAAACCGCCCGAGCCACCGAUCGCGACCCCCGACAAAGAAGACGACAGAAUAGAUUUCGUAAACGUCAAAGACAUGAUCAAAGGCAUGGAGAAGCAAAAGACCGAGCCGAAAGAACACUCGAAGGAAAACGGAUUCCUUAAGAAAAGUAACGGGCACGAGGAAAAAGAAGAUUCGAAAAGAGAUAGCUUAGAUAAGACGGAUUCGGAGUCGAGCGAAAGCUCAAUGAACGGGAUCCAAGCCCCGAAACCUCUGCCGAGGUCUUCCAUAUCGGAGGCCGGCUCGGCCACAGACGACGGUGAAGCGCCCAAACCGAAACCCAGGACUACGGCGGCGCCCGUUUCGGGCUACAAGCCCCGCCUCGGCCCGAAACCCUUUUCGGCCUCGACGGGAAUCGAAGAGUUUUCCUUCGACAGAGUAUUCUCCGUGCCGGCCGUUCCCGGAGUCAACAAGAGCGAUUCCUCCACUCCGCCGGGGUCGGCGCCGAUUUCGAGCUCUCCGGCGACGGCGCCUCCCGUCUUCCGUGAGGCCGACAGCGAGAAGUCUCUCUCUCCCGCCGCCGACGCGGAAGUCGCGCCCAAAGAGGAGUACACGAACGGCAAAUCCGACGCGAGCGUCGAAGAAGAUCUCGAGGGCUCGGAAGGUGGACCCGGACCCAAGACGCCGACCACCGCCGACCGACGCCGCCUCUUCGAGACCACGGACGGAGUGAAGUCGAUCGCGGAUCGGCGUCGAGCCUACGAAGUGCGCUCCCUGAGCUCCGCGCCCGAGGCGGAGGCGCCUCUCUCGCCCGCCCCGCUCAGGCGAAGGGACUCCUUGAAGUCUCGCAAGAGUCCAGAUCGAGAGGAGAAACGUUCGUCCGUUCCGAACGUCGCCACCAAACGCACUUCGACCGUUUUCGGUAAAGUGUCCAAGUUCCGUCACCUGAAGGGCACGCCGGGGCACAAGUCGACCCACGUCGAGAACAUCAAGAACGUCAGCCGACAGAUCUCCGGGGAGUGCGACGGAUUCUGCGCGAACGCCGUCCGCUGCGCCGUCCCGGUGAGCGCCGGCGCCGGCGGCGGCCGGGUGGCCGUCGUGGAGCUGCCGACGGGUGCCACGCCCUUCGCCACGGCGCCGCCCUCGCACCCCGCCGGCCUGCACCCGCCCGCCCUGCUGCACCCGGCGGCCCUGCAGGACUUCGCCUUCGACCCCUUCCGGCCGGAGCGCCUCCUCGUCGCCUGCGACGACGGCGCGAUCCGCGAGUGGAUCGUGCCCGACGGCGGCCUGACCGCCCCGACGAGCGAACCCGAGCGGACGUUCGCCGCGCACGCGGACAAGAUCUACGCGAUCCGCUUCCACCCGACCGCCUCCGACCUGUUGGCCACCGCCGCGCACGACCACUCGGUGAAGAUCUGGGACCUCGCCGCCGAGCCGCCGACGGCGGCCAUCACGCUCGCCGGCCACGCCGACCAGAUCUUCGCGCUCGCCUGGUCGCAGUACGGCGAGUACCUCGCGACCGUCUGCCGGGACGGCUACGUCAGGAUUUACGAGCCGCGGGCGUCGAGCGAGCCGCUGCGCCGGGGCCGGAGCGCCGCGGGCGGCCGAGGGGCGCGGCUCGUGUGGGCGCUGCGGGACUCGCACCUCGUGGUCACGGGCUUCGACAAGGUGUCCGAGCGCCAGAUCCUGCUGUACAAGGCCGCCGACCUAUCGGCGCCCGUCUGCACGGUCGGCCUGGACGUCUCGCCGGCGAUUCUGCUGACGCACAUCGACCACGACUCCGGCACUCUGUUCCUGACGGGCCGGGGCGACUCGACCAUAUAUUGCUACGAGGUGACUCCGGAGCCGCCCUUCCUGUGCGCUCUGUCGCACCAUCGCUCCUCGUCGCUGCAUCAAGGAAUCUGUUUCUUGCAAAAGAACGCGCUGGCCGUCGAAAAGGUGGAAUUCGCGAGAGCGCUUCGCCUGACGAACGGAAACGUGGAGCCGCUGUCCUUCACGGUGCCGAGGAUCAAGAGCGAGCUGUUCCAAGACGACCUGUUUCCUCCCACGCUCGUGACGUGGCGGAGCUGGCAGACGGGGCGCCGAUGGCUCGAGAGGCGACCCGCGACGCCCGAGGUGGCGAGCCUGCAGCCGCCGGGCAUGGAGCCGCUGUCGGCCCGCGCGGCGCCGCCGGCCGCGCCCAAGGGGAAGCCGAAGCCGGACCUCGUCGAGGCGCACGUCCCGCUCGACGCCAAGGAAAAGCAGAACAGCAUAAUGAAAUCGAUGAGCGCCAGAGUGACCGUCAACCUGAAGCUGGAGCAGGACGCCAUGGAGGGCGUCGACGACUCGGAGUGGGAGCAGUGA